AUGGCCUGGGCCGACCAGAGCAGAAGCGGAGACGCGGAGGACCGGUACGCCGAACUCAUCAAAAGGAUGUACACUCCGAGGUGAGGUCUAGGGUUUAUAUCUUCUUCUCCCUCUCGAGUUCUCUCUACGGUUUCCUUUUCCACUGACCACGGUCUUCUUCUUCUUCUGCGUCUGUCGUUCUUCUUCACUGUGUUUUCUUCUCUCUCUCUCUCUCUCUCUCUCUCUUCAGUCUGACGUGUGUCCUUCUCGUUCUCCAUUCCUUGAUUCCUCUCUAGGUUUUUCUAGGGUUUCUGCUCUUCCUGUGACUUGCUUUCCCCUGUGAUUGCAGCUUCGUCGUGGACAAUGAGUCCUCCCCUGAUUUCACCAUCGUCAAGGUUAUCCGGGUGAGGAAGCACUCCCAGCUCAGAUUCCCAUGGCUCCUUCCUCUGUCUCUUUGAUCCAAUUUCGCCUCUCAUCCUGGGUCGUCUUCUUCCUCUCAGGUGGAGGCCAAGAACAACCAGGGAGUUCUUCUGGCUGUCGUCCAGGUCCUCGCCGACCUCAACCUCGUCAUCACCAAAGCGAACAUCUCCUUCGACGGCGAGUGGUCCAUGGAUGGUGGGUCUUCCCAAGAAAUCUUCGUCUAUGAUUUAUAAUUACUCCCUGAGAAUUCCUGUGACUGGUCCGCUGAUCUGAUCUGCUUCCCUGGUCAGUCUUCCAUGUCACCGCCGCCGACGGGACCAAGCUCCAGGACGAGGAGAUCCUCUGCAAGAUCCAAGAGGUAGGUCGUUCGUCCUUUGGAAAAGAUGAUUUCCCGAGAAUUGCAGAGGUUUUUUCAAUGCGAUCAGUGCCCCUGGUUUUCUUUCAGUCGCUGGCGGCGGUGAGCUCUUCUUCAGGCCCCCCGGCGCCGGUGAAGACGACCUCCAUCGAGCUCAUCGGCGCCGACAGGCCUGGCCUUCUCUCCGAAAUCUCCGCCGUGCUCAAGGACGUGGGCUGCAACGUGGUGGAGGCCGAAGUUUGGACCCACCGCGCCACCGCCGCCGCCGUCGUCCGCCUCACCGACGAGGCCACCGGCGCCGCCAUUGAAGACCCGCAGAGGAUCCUCACCAUCCGGCAGCUCCUCUGCUACAUCCUCCGCGGCGGCGGCGGCGGCGCCGCCGGGAAGACUGCCGUUUCCAUGGGCGCCUCCCACCCGCAGAGGCGCCUGCACCAGAUGAUGUCAGCGGAGAGAGACCUCGACGGCGGCGGCGCCACCACCUCCGCGGCGGAGCCGGAGGCCUUCCAGGGGCCGAGAGUCAGCCUCUCGGACUGCGCCGAGAAGGGCUACUCCGUCGUCACUCUGAGAGCCCCCGAUCGACCGAAGCUCCUCUUCGACGCUCUCUGCGCGCUCUCCGACAUGGACUGCGUCGUCUUCCAUGCCACCAUCCUCACUCAAGGAACGGAAGCCUGGCAGGUAUCACCACCGUCUUCUUCUUCUUCUUCGUCUUGCGCCGCUGCAACGGUCAUCCUCUGCAAUUUCUUCAGGAGUACUACAUCCGGCACCGGAACGGGCGGCCAAUUGGUGGCGCCGCCGGGGAGCGGCGCCGGGUAGUGGAGUCGCUGCGGGCGGCGGUAGAGAGGAGGGCGGCCGGCGGGGAGCGCGGGGUGGAGCUGGAGCUGACUGCGGCGGACAGGGCGGGGCUGCUCUGCGACGUGACGAGGGUGCUGAGGGAGAACGGGCUCUCUGUAAGGAGGGCGGAGAUCUCCAGCCAUGCCGGGGAAGCGGCGCACAGGUUCUUCGUCGCCGACGUCUCCGGCGAGGUGGUGGCACCGGCGACGCUGGACUCGAUCCGCCGCCAGGUCGCCGCCCAGGUGGGGGCGUCGGCAGCGCUGAGAGUGAAGGGGACCUCGCCGCCACCGCCACCGCCGCCGCCGACGUCCUCCUUCAAGAAGCCGCCGCCUUCUCAGAAGGCGGUCUUCCUCCUGGGCAGCCUGCUCAGGGCUUGCUCCCCUCAUAGCUUGAGGUUGAUCGGCUCCUACUCUUGA